AGUCCAGAGAAAAGCACAACGUCAGCAUGGCGAGGGAGAGCUGGGGGGCUCUGGGGAGAGAGGAACUGGACCACCAUUAUUCCCCGAGUCACUGGUCUCACCGCUUGGACAAGGAUGCCGUCAUAGAGGCUCAUGUGAGGAAAACUGUAGAAGGUACAAUAUUAUCUCGAACACUGGCACAGACUGUCCUAAACAUGCCUUAUGGCGAAAACGAGAGUCAAAAACUCGAUUUGUACCUACCUCAGGAGACACCACUGGGGUGUAAGCUGUUGAUUUACAUUCACGGAGGAUAUUGGCAAUUUCUCAGUAAGGAAGAGUCUGGCUUUAUGGUGCCCCCACUGGUGUCUCGUGGUAUUGCAGUGAUGGUGAUGGAUUAUGACAUUGCUCCAAAAGGUCACAUGGACCUCAUAGUGUCCCAAGUCCGACGUAGCAUCGCGGUGACACUGACUCAAUACCCACAGUUCCUGGAUGUUUACCUGUGUGGACACUCUGCUGGCGCCCACCUGGUUGCCAUGAUGCUCUGCACUGAUUGGACGAAGCACCAUGUGUCUCCUAAAUUUAAAGGAGCUGUGCUGGUCAGCGGCGUCUAUGACCUUGUUCCCAUUGUCCACACCUACGUCAACGAUGCCUUGAGGAUGUCACGGGAGGUAGCAGAGAGGAACAGUCCCAUAAAGCUGUUGGCACGUACUAAACGCCACGCGGGCACCUGCAACAUUGCCAUUGUGGUGGCAGAGCAUGAUUCUCCAGAAUUCCAUCGGCAGUCUAAGGAUUACUUUGAGAGUCUGAAAGCAAUGGAUCUCAGUGUCUGCUUCAAACAGAUCGACGAUACCGAUCACUUCGAUGUAAUCGAAAGAUUAUUGCAGGAAGAGUAUGAGCUCACACAGAUGAUUCUGGAAAUGAUCACCAAACUGGCAGAUCGAUAAAAGAAGCAAUACAUGUGCAGAUGGGAGAGCGCAGGAGAGAUAUUCGGAGUUCACCAGAGUUCCAGUGUUUCUGCCAAUAAAUUACACACAUUCUGUCUUGUUGGUAUAAUACAGGACAGAUCCCACCUGGAUUUGUAAAAGGAAUAAUAGAAUUCUUACUUUACAGCAUUUUAUCACACCUGCGUAAGACGUUUACAUAUACAGGACUAGUUCCAUGGAUGUUAAUGUAUUUAGGAGAACUGAUAUACAAUGCAGAAAAGGGACACAGUGGUUAUGGUGCAUGAAAUCCCCUGCCGCCAUUUCAUGGUUCUGUACAAAACCAUAUUCGAGGAGGAUCUAAUAAUAAAAAAAUGCUUAAAUAUCAUAGAAAUGUUGUGUAUUUCGAUUAUUCACGUUGAAUUCCCAAUAAUUUGCACUUCAGUCAGUACCUUGCUAGUAGCGUUAUUAACGUGAAAUUCAAAUUUUAUGACAACGUAGCCCAAGUGGAAAUGUAACUGAUUUGGAGAAUUUUCUACUUUAGCUAUUUUAAUCUAAAAUUUUAAAUUAACUGAUGAUAAUUCUCACAUUAGUGAAUAAUUUGUGGGUUUUCUGAGAAAGGAGGAAAUGUUAAAGAAUCCUAUAGACUGAGAGCUGUAUCCACGCCAUUUCCUUUCAGCCAGUGAAUGGUGAUAAGAUAUGGACCAACCAGAUAUUGCUCAUAUGGUAGAAGAACUGAAUCUGGUUCACGUGUAGUAGUUAUGGUGCCAGAUUACUCCUUUAUGGUAAAAAGGACGAGGGUUCUAAUUUGGCAUUAAAUGGAAUCGUAAUCCA